UAAUCUUAUUUAGAAAACAAUUUGACUUCACAACUACAUACAAAAUUUUACUAAAAAGAACAAAAAAUACUUUUAUUGACCUUCCCAGUUCAAAGUUCACCAAGAUACCUCCAAGUAAUCGAUAAACUUCCAUAUAAAAAGCAAUGCACACAUAGCAUUCAUGUCAAAAUUGAGCUACUGCAGGCUGCAUUCUUCGUUACAAACUUUGUUAAACAAUUAAUUUUUAGUUAAUUUGGGGCAAUUUGUUUACAGUAGCUGAAAUAGGUUAGUGAACACGUGAGCAGAUACUUUGCUGUUGGUAGUUACGGUAAGCCAUGAUUUUCUGCGCCCGGACCUUCAGCUUCAUAGCAGCAAUAUUUCUAAUGUUAUUCACCAGGACUCUGUCUGACACAUCACCAGCAUGCUCUGUAAUACAAGGGCUUCCAGGUCUCAAUGGACGGGAUGGAAGAGAUGGCAUUAAUGGAUUAAAAGGAGAUACAGGUCCUCCUGGAGUAGUAGGAGCACCAGGAAUGAGAGGCAGCACCGGACCACCAGGAAAACAAGGACCUAAAGGAGAUCUUGGGCUAACUGCAUUGCUUACAAAUAUACAAAACAAAUUAUCAUCUCUUGAAGCCCAGGUGAAUCAAAUGCAGCUCAUUACAUCAGCGAGGACUAAAGCCUUAGUGUUUGCUAGAGGGGCCAUUGCUGGAGAAAAAAUAUUUGUUACAAGUGGGAAACAGCUAACAUAUGAUGAGACAAAAGCAAUAUGCCUGAAAGCUGGUGGCCAGUUAGCCACACCAAGAAAUUCAGAAGAGAAUAAUGCUAUUUUAAAUAUUGCACAGAAUUACAACAUGUUUCCAUUCCUGGGAAUCACUGACAUUCAAACAGAAGGUACUUUUCGAUACUCAGAUGGAAAUUCAAUUACUUAUUCAAAUUGGAAUAUUAGAGAACCCAAUCAAAAAGGAGAAGAAGACUGUGUUGAAAUGCAACUAGAUGGGAAGUGGAAUGACAGACGGUGUGAGGAAAAGAGACUGAAUGUAUGUGAAUUUUAACAUCAAAAUGAAUGUUGGGAUGAUAGAAAUUCAGCAAUCAUUCUUUUUGUUUAAUUGAGCAAAGUAUUUACCCAAUAAAGUUGCAUUCACUCUAA